AUGCCAUUUGUCCACCCAAACAGUCUUUUAGUGGUGACCAUCAAUGGCGUUGGGCUUGUGUUCGAAGACUAUUUUCUUUGCUGCCAUUAUGCUGAUAACAACGCUGGUACUGCAUGGCACUACUCGGUGGUUGGUAUCAUCUGUGAUAUCUUCAAUGUCAUGAUGUAUGUCUCUCCUCUUACAAUCAUGGCUAAGGUUAUCAAAACCAAGAGCGUGAAAUACAUGCCAUUUUGGCUCUCUCUGACCAACUUCCUUAAUGGUGUGUGCUGGACCACAUAUGCUCUUAUCCACCCCUUAGACCUCUAUGUUCUUAUCAGAGAAAACAAUGAUGAUGAUGAUGAGGUCCCUAAGACAACUGGGGUUCCAGUCUCUGAAUGCUGA